CACGGGGAUACCUAAGUAAUCAUCCCACAAAGCUUGGAGUCCUUUGAGAGAAAAAAGACACGAGGUCGAAUUUUUCCCCCUGCUGGUGCAGGUACUGUUACCAGAGUACGGAUAGUUCACGACGACAACACAACCACCGCUCCCAACCUUCAUCAAUCAUCAACCGUCCACUACUGCGGACAUGUCUACGACUCCUUUGGCCACCCCGGCGGCGGCAUCACCUCGCGGCUCUUCCAACGCCGCCUCUUCAGGUAUUGCGGCAAUGAAGGAUCGAAUCAUGACGCACAUGAACGCGGACCACGCCUUGUCUCUGAGGCUGUACCUGAUGAGGUACUCUCACGUUCCGAUGGGGGGGACGACGACAGCGGAGAUGCUCGACAUUUCUCAAGACCACAUGAUCCUUCGAUCGGGCUACGGGAGGCACGUGGUGGACAUGGUCCCUCCCAUGAAGUCACUCACGGACGCCAGAGAGAGACUCGUCGAGAUGCACAAUUCUUGUCUCGAAGAAUUGGGUUUGAGUGACGUGGUGGUGGACCGGUACACGCCACCCAACCGUGCCUGGCAGAUUGGCCUGAGUGCGCUGUGCGUCUUGAUCUUUACGACUUUUCCUUUUCGGCAGUCCCUGCUCGAUCAAAAUACCCUGCCGGGUCGGAUCUGGAGCCUGGGAGGGGCCGCACCUUGGUUGGCCCGACUGAGUUUCGGUCUGCAACCUCUGGUGUUGACAGUCAUGGUCGUCGUACAUCUGGGAGAGGCCGCAUGGAUGGCAAAUACGCGCCUGAAAAAACAUUGGAUAGAGGUGGGAAGUUGGGUGUGGUGGUUCUGGGUCUUGGAUUGCGCCGUCGAAGGGUUCGGCUCUUGGACGAGGUUCGACGAGAUGGUGGCCGACGUCGAGGGAAAGAAAAACACAAACAACAAGAAGCACUGAAGCAGCACUACACCACACAAGCCUAAAGAGCUCUGGGGAUUGGAAAAGACAGGCAUCCUAGGCAGAUUUGGAAGGAAAAAUUCAGAGUCAAAAACCAAACAGAUUUCAUUCCCUU